AUUUCUUGGCGAUGUUAUUUUCAACAUCAAUUUCGCAGAAACUCGAUCGACACAUCCGUGUUUCAAAUGUGGCUCUAAUGUGAUUACAUGGAUACGCCGUUCUAUUUUCAAAUAUGAGUGAUCUUAAUCGCGGCUAUGUCAGCGCUGCUUUUGUUGCUGGGGUACUGGCGACUAUUGUACUGAAAGAAGUCUACGACCGCUCCCGACAACAUGUAAAGCCAACGAAAGUUGGAGGCAAGACCGCCGACAUCUUUCAUAGCGAUAAAGGGCUUCUGAAGUCGGUUAGGCAGGGCCCCCCUGCGAUUGUGGAAGGCGUGGAGGGAUGCAUUGGGAACACGCCACUUUUCCGUAUCAAGUCGCUGUCCGAUGAGACCGGCUGUGAAAUUUUGGCAAAGGCAGAGUAUCUUAAUGGAGCAGGUGGGAGUCCAAAGGACCGGGUAGCAUUGAGUAUGAUCCAGACGGCAGAAGCAGACGGUUCUUUAAAGCCUCAUUCUGGAGAUGUCAUUUACGAAGGCACCUCUGGAUCUACUGGCAUUUCGUUGGCAACACUUGCUCGCGCUCGGGGUUAUCUCGCGCAUAUAUGUAUGCCGUCCGACCAAGCCAUGGAAAAGUCAGAUCUACUCCUCAAACUCGGAGCGGUGGUAGAUCGUGUGCCACCAGCUCCGAUCGUUGAGCCAGGCAACUUUGUGAAUCGCGCAAGGGCUCUAGCUCAAGCUCGGACUGCAUCCAGUGCGGAAUCUGCUGAUAAAGGCUCUGUUGCAGAUGCCAGUCAACUGACAAACACAACCCCGACAUCAGAGCCAGGUGCUGCGACAGGAAGGGGGUUAUUCACAGAUCAAUUUGAAAACGCCGCAAAUUACGCUGCACACUUCAACGGCACUGGGCCGGAAAUAUAUGCUCAAUGUGGCGGAAAACUGGAUGCGUUUAUUUCCGGUGCCGGCACGGGUGGAACUAUAUCCGGCGUUGCGCUUUUCCUGAAGCCUCGACUUCCUAAUAUCUCUAUUGUUCUUGCUGAUCCACAAGGGAGUGGAUUGUAUAACAAGGUCCGCUACGGGGUUAUGUUUGAUGUUAAAGAGCGCGAAGGAACACGUCGGAGACCGCAGGUUGAUUCUAUUGUUGAAGGGAUUGGGAUUAACAGGCUUACGGCCAACUUUGAUGCUGGGAGGGAGCUUAUUGAUGAUGCUAUAAGGGUUACGGACGCGCAGGCGCUAGCUAUGGCGCGGUGGCUUGUAGAGAAGGAUGGUAUUUUUAUUGGAAGCAGCAGUGCAGUGAACUGCUUUGCUGCAGUGAAGACUGCUUUGAAAUUGGGGCCGGGACAUCGGAUCGUUACAAUCCUCACGGAUUCGGGUACAAGGCAUUUGUCAAAGUUCUGGGCCCAGGCUGGAAAUGUGGGUGGUACAGUUGAUACUAAACUGGAGGAUGUUCUCAAUGCAGCAUGAUAUAUGAGCAACCCAGUGUCAUCACAUGACAAAGAUGGAUGGAAACAUAAAUUAAUCAUUAGAGUAUGGAUGAACGCUGCCAUAAUCAAAAUAGUUUACGU